UUACGACGUCUGAAUAAGAAGAUUAUGGAAAGUAAAGGUAAUGUCUUAAUCUAAUUAAUCACAUAUCUAAUUUUUCUCCCUGGUAACUUUGCAGUGGGCUAAAUGUCAUAUCGAGAGUAGUCGUUGUCAAUGUGGUUGCCUCAAAACUGUUAAGUUGGUUCUUCGGAGAUCUCAAUCUGGUUUUAGCUUUAAGUCAGGUUGGACUUCAGAGACAGUUAUUCAGAUUUCAGAUUAAUAACCUGAAGACGUGUAAGCAAUUUUGGUACUGACACCACACAAAAAAGCAAGCAAGCAAGCACAUGUCUGUACAAAAGGGUCUGAAAGUCUGUCUCUUUCUCUGAUAUUUCUCUCCAUUUUUAACCGAUCCCAACCUCCCUCUGAUCUCAUUUCAAUCCUUAAAACUCCACAAUGAAAACAUACAGUCUCUGGUAUCUGUUUGAUCCAUAUAUUAAAGUUCUCUCCUUAGUGUUUUUCUACAUUCUCUUGAUCCAAAUCCACUUCCAGCUCAGUCUUUCUUCACAGGAUAUGCUUAUUUUAUCCUUAAAAACUCAACUAAUCCCAUCUGGCUCUGUUCCGAGGUCACCAAACAAGCUCCCAUUUCAUCACAACGUGAGUUUGACUGUCUCUUUGACUGUCGGCACACCUCCACAGAAUGUCUCCAUGGUUUUAGACACUGGAAGUGAACUCUCCUGGCUUAACUGCAACAAAACCCGAUUUAGUUACCCGAAUUCUUUCGACCCGACCCGCUCCUCCUCUUAUGCCCCUGUUGCUUGCUCUUCACCCAUCUGCACCAAUGGGACCCGAGACUUCAAUAUUCCGGCUUCUUGUGACGACCACAAUCUCUGCCACGCCACUCUCUCUUAUGCAGACGCUUCUUCCUCUGAAGGAAACCUCGCCUCUGAUAAUUUCUUCAUCGGGUCAUCCGAGAUUCCGGAUCUCGUUUUCGGGUGCAUGGACUCGACCUUCAGCUCUAACGCAGAGGAAGAUUCGAAAACCACCGGGUUAAUGGGUAUGAACCGCGGGUCUUUAUCUUUUAUUUCUCAAAUGGGUUUUCCGAAAUUCUCGUAUUGCAUAUCCGGUAUAGAUUUUUCGGGUCUUCUUCUUCUCGGUGAUGCCAAUCUUACGUGGCUUGCACCGUUAAAUUACACGCCGUUAAUCCAAAUAUCCACCCCGUUACCGUAUUUUGACAGAGUUGCUUACACGGUCCAGCUUGAAGGAAUCCGAGUUUCAGAUAAGUUACUCCCAUUACCGAAAUCCAUUUUUCAACCGGACCACACCGGAGCCGGUCAAACCAUGGUAGAUUCGGGUACCCAGUUCACUUUUUUACUUGGACCCGCUUACAGUGCAUUGAAAACCGAGUUCUUGAACCAAACCACAAAUAUUUUAAAGGCUUUGGAGGAUCAAAAUUUCGUUUUCCAAGGAGCAAUGGAUUUGUGCUACCGAGUUCCACUGAGUCAAUCCACUCUACCCGAGCUACCAGCAGUGAGUAUGGUGUUUCAGGGCGCCGAAAUGACGGUAUCGGGCGACAAGCUCCUGUAUCGGGUACCGGGUGAAGUAAGGGGUAGUGAUUCUGUGUAUUGUUUGACGUUCGGGAACUCGGAUUUAUUAGGUGUGGAGGCGUACGUAAUCGGUCAUCAUCAUCAACAAAACGUUUGGAUGGAGUUUGAUCUUGAGAAUUUAAGGAUCGGUCUGGCCCACGUACGAUGUGAUCUGGCGAGUCAGAGAUUUGGUGUAGCGUCAUAGAGUAGGUCCCACGCAGAUUUUUAUUGAUGGAGAUUUUGUGACAACGUGACACGUGGAUUUGUGUAAUUGAUUUUAUCAUUAUGGCAUAUAUCUGUGGUGGGUUAGUAGGUAGCAAAUUUUGUCUCAGGUAGGUAAUGUUAUUUUUUAUUAUUAUCGAAAAAUAAUAUUUGCCGUUUGUUAAUUAUUGUUUAAUAUUAAAAAAUGGAAUUAGUGUAAUUAAUAUGAA